AUGGUCUUGUUCCACGACUACUACCCUCUACUCCUUCUGGCUCUCCCAGCCACUCACGCGCGUCAGGCCGCUUUUUCGCUGGCUGAUGAGCACUGGACGCCGCUGCACGCAAUACGCACUGUCGCUGUCGUUGGCGCGGGACCGGCCGGUCUGCAAGCUGCGGUAGCGCUACAAGAGAAUGGCCUCUCUGUACGGCUUUUCGAGCGCGCGCCAGCGCCCGGCGGUAAUUGGUUCUUCUCCGAGCAGCUGCCUGCGAGGGAGAAGUAUCCAAGCAACUCAGGCGAUCCGAUGGAUGAGGAGGCUGAAACCCCACGUCCAACAACAGUCGAAUACGUAGAUGGCGAUGAUGGAAAAACGUUGGAGGAGCGCUGGCGUGAGCAUUGGGCGCCGCGGCCAGUAUGGAAGGACAUGCGCAUUAAUGCGCCCACGGCGGUGACUAAGCUGCCAGAUGUAAACUACCCACCUGGGACCCCUUGGGAAGCCUUAGUACACGAUCUGCAGCGUCAUGUCCGGGCUUACGCCUCGCUUCACGGCCUGAAUGUGCUGGACGCUCCGAAUGUCACGUCCUACUCCACUCUCGUUGAGGGGCUGAACAAAGUCGGCGAUAGUUGGAAGCUUACCUUGCGGCGCAUGCAGCCAUUCUCUGGCACUGUAUAUGCGUCGCGGCUACGUGUGGAUGUGUGGGAGGAGUCCUUCGACGCUGUGGUUGUUGCGGUUGGUCACUUCCCCAAGCCAUAUAUCCCCGACAUCCCUGGCAUACAUGAAUGGAGCCGAGUGCGGAUGGCGGAUGGUCGGUGGCCACUUUACCAUGCGCAAUCUUUCCGACACCCCGAGCGCUAUGCAAAUAAGACCGUGCUUAUUGUCGGGUCUUCCGUCUCUGCGACUGGAAUUGCGCGGGAGAUUGCCCCGUAUGUUUCGCGUCUUUGUGUUAGUGCACGGCGUAAUCCAAAUCGCGAAUUCUACGACCUCAACAUCGUGCUUGCAUGGCCCGAAAAUACUGAGAAGCUUGGCGAGCUGCUGGAGUUUAUGUCCUUUGACACUGACGCACUGCCGGAGACCCUUGUCGGAGGCAAAAUCCGUGUUCGGGAGUGGGGCGGAGCAGGGGAGACCAUCUUGGAGGGCAUCGACGAAGUAAUCCUGGCCACGGGAUACCGGCGAGAGACGUUUGUCCCCCACUUAGUCGACCCGGUCACUUUCAGCAAUCUCCACUGGACGGGACACUACAUCCAUGACCCGACACUGGCGUAUGCGCAUGCUGUUCGCCCGUGGACCCAUGGCCGCUACCAAUCGCUCGGCUUUGCUCGGGUCUGGCGAGACCCCCCGACCGCGCGGCUCCCGAGCCAACGGCAGAUGUGGGAAGACUAUGUCCAGGCAAAGUGGCAGUUCGGCGCGCCGCUGGAUAUCUUUCCGCAGGAAGCGAUGGUGCGCAAGUAUCUCGCGUGGCUAAACGCCGAGGCUCUCGAGCUUGGCGGCCCAAUGGUCGAACCGUUGCCCACUGAAGCUCGGGAGGUAUAUGCGUACUAUACAUCGCGCCGUUGGCGCAAGGACUUCAUAGAUCACGAUGAUUUCGUCCGGUUUGACGAGCUUCCGCAGCGGGAGUGGCCAAAGCCGGGGCCGCCCUUGUAA